AUGUCAUGGGUGGAGCGUUCGUUCACUGAGGUCGAUGCUGAGUUGCUGCAAGGAGUGCCCUUGAGUAUUUGCCUCAGCGGCUGGGCUCAGCACUGGGCUUCUUCCGCGGCCGAGAACGGAGGCAAGACCGGUACGAGGCUCAGCCGGCCGACGAAUUUCUUCGACGCCUUCCUCAGCCAUGAUUGGGAAACGACCCGUUGGCUAAAGCUCCUGUCGCUGUUGAUCCUCUUCAAUGCCCGGGCUGCCGUGGUUGGCACUGUGCUGGUGAGCUUGGUGCUCGGAGUCCUCCUUGUCCAUGGGUACUUGCCGACCAGUGAUGCCAUCGUGCUCGUGGCAUAUGGCGCCUUCAUAUUCUUUCUGUGCUUUUGGCAAAGAGUCCGUGCGCUUCUCUGCUGCUCUACGAUGCUGGGACGCCAUCUUAGACAUGUUUCUGCAACACCGCUUAAACCUAGAACGCAACGCUACCGAUCCUGCCGGUGGUCGGACUUAAAGACAUCAUACCUAUGCGUGCCCCAAAAGACUCCCAACAGUGCUGAGGGGACAACCAACCAAGUGAUGGCUUCAGUGGGUGAACCGAUCCCCCGAAGCCCAAGGAUUGUCUUCCUGGACAAGCUUUGCAUCGACCAGGAGGACUACGCAAAGAAGGAGCUCUGA